AUGUCGAGCUCGGGCAAAUGGCGCGAGGAGCAGAUCCUGAUCAUCUGCCCCGGCAGCCAAACGACGCUCGCGCAACUCGGUUGCAGUGAGCUGACGCUGCCGACGCACCGCAUUCCCACGCGCAUGUUCAAGGACGGCGACGAGUGGCGCCCGUAUCACACGCACAGCCGCAAAAAGAUUGUCGACGGCGUCGAGGAGGAGGAAUGGGUCGAGGACGUCGACUCGGACGAGGGCGCCGUGUACCCAAUCCGAGCCGGCCACAUUGUCGACAUGGAUGCCUUCCUCGCCUUCCUCGAGCACGUCCACGGCCUCCUCACGACGACAUACCACAACACACCUAUUAUGCUGAUGGCAUCGCCGCAAUGGACGAGGCCUGACGCCGAGGCAAUUGUGCGGUACGUCUUCGAGAAGACAAGAACGCCUGCACUAUGCAUCAUUCACAGUGGUAUUGCCACCCAAUACGGACUGAAGUGGCCGAACAUGACGGUCAUUGAUAUCGGCUAUCAAAAGGUUGACGUUACCGCCAUCCACGAUGGUCGCGUUGUCAACCACAUGGAUGUCGGUGCCUCCAUCGCAGACGACCAGCUUUCUGGAGGCGAAGCCUUCACGCAAAGGCUCAAGGCGCUUCUGGCUUCAAAGAAUUUCACAUACGACAUGGCUGAGCAAUUGAAGAAGAGCACCAUCUGCGAAGUGCUGCCAUACGUAGCAACCGCGGACAAACUCUUUGAGCUUCCGGUGGUAAACUCAGCUGGCGCACCGCCCGGCGCAUCUUCUGCGAACAGGCCGCUCGCCCCCGUUGCUGCGCCCGAGGCCCCAAAGCCUGAUGUUACCGUGAACGACGAGGAGGGCAGCGAUGAGAAGAAAAAUGAGGAUGACGGUGUAUUGGACGUGGCUGCUAUUGUGACAAGUGGACAAACAAAAGAAUUCCUGGCACGCAAAGAAAAGGAGGGAAAGGGCAAACCGGGACGAAAGCCUAAGGCGCAACAGGAGGAAGCCCCCCCCAGACCUGCACGUCUUCCCAACAGCAAGAGAACCCACAACACAUUCUUCUACGAGGAAAUCGUCCAGGAACUGGUUGUUCCUGAGCCCCAGAAAUUACCCAAGAACGCACCCAAGGAGGGUGAGGCCGGUACCGACCCGAAGCCUGCCGAGGGGACGGCUACGACAGAGCCUGCAGCGCCCGCUGCCUCCGCAACAACAGAAAGCACAGCUACUCCUAAUGUUGCGAUUCCAGAUAGCGCAGCGCCAGCCGAGGUAAAGGAAGAGUCUAAGCCAGAGGAGCCCAAGCCCGAGGAGCCGAAGGUGUCAGAUACGAACGGAGAUGCCCCCAAGCCUAGCGAGGAUGCCGCGCCCAACGACUCGUCUGACUAUGCACCUCAAUACCGGCCGAAGCGCGUCAAGAAGGAUAUCGAAGUGGGUCUGGAGCGAUUUACGUUUGCUGAUCGCUCCGAGAUUGACCGCAUAGUCACGGCCGUUUACCGCACAGUCCAAGGUAUUGACGACAUGUACAUGCGUCCGCCUUGUUGGGACAACAUUGUAUUUGUUGGCAACGGCUCACGCCUGCGUGGCCUUAAGGAGAACAUUCUAGCUACGCUCCACGCCCGACAUAUUGUCUCCCCGUCCACGGCGACAAUAUUCACCUCCGAGCUGCCCUCCAACAUGGCGACGCCCACAGGCACCGGCGCCCAAACGCCCACGAGCUCGUUUAACGGGGCCCCCCCGCACCAGCUGCAGUCCGGCGCGGGCGGCGUCAACCCGCUGCUCCAGGCGGCCACCACGGCCGGUCUGAACCAGCACCAGGCCGGUCUGCUCGGCGGUACACCGCAGCCGGGCUCCUCCGAGGCGGGCGGCCCCACCAGCCACCACCACUUCCACAGCCAGACGCCGACGUCGAUCAAGCUCGCGGCCAUGCCCAACUACCUUAGCGAAUGGACGAAGGCCGGCUUCGAGGAGUCCAUGUUCCUCGGCGCGCAGGUCGCCGCCCGCAUCGCUUUCUGCCUGCACUCCAACAUGGACGCGCAAUCUAUCGAGGCCCAGCGCACGAUGAGUCUCAGUCGCGUCGACUACAAUGAUCUCGGCCCCAAGGGUAUCCGCACUCACUCCAUGCUCGGUUAG